AUGCUAAUUUUCCUUCGCUCCUUUUUGGGAACAAAUGGUGUGCUUGAUAUCAUAAGCAAGGCGAGCAAUAAGGGUAUAAAAGGAAUUGCACACAUACCAGGUGGCGGGUUCAUAGAUACCAUUUUUCGUGUUUUCGCUAUAGGGCUUGGUGCUCUUGUUUAUAAUGACUCUUGUUCAGUUCCCCCUAUUUCUAAAUGGAUCCAAAAGGCUGGAGGGAUUGAAGAUGGUGAAAUGAAAAGGACUUUUAUUAUAGGAAUUGGGAUGGUUUUGGUUGUUAGUAAAGAGGUUUCUGAAAGGGUAGUUAAGGAAGAAUGUGAGAUGUUGUAUCGUGUUGGUGAAGUCUUUUCAGAUUCUCCACGUGAUUCAGUUCAAUUUAUUGAAUGGUUACCUUCAUCUUGCCCUCAUGCCUUGCUAAUUGCUAACUUUCAUGGGAGAAUAACUAUCUGGACUCAGCCUUCCCAUAUUUUUAAGGUUAUGGAAUUCAUUGGCAAGAAGGAAGGGUUACAACCUCCUCCUGGAUUUGCUGCUCGCAUAACAAAAAAAAUCUGGUCGGAGUUUAAGGAGAGGCUACUUCAUGAAGUGCUGAAGAGACUAGAUUCUGAAUUGAAGCAUGAGGUUUGUCAUUGGGCAGCAUAUUAUGUUGCUUCAGCAAAGCGGAGAGUUGAUGAGUACAAAUAUACUCAGAUGAUGCAGGAAACUGGUGGUUAUCAGUCCAUGGUUGAUGAAAGUGAAUUGCUCUGGAGUUAA